CUCGCACUCACUAUUAGCUCACGAGUGGUUAAAGUCUUUGAAACCAUUGUUUGAUUAGUUUUUUGCGAUUUUUAAUUAACUUUUUAUUUUCUCUUCAAUUAUCACUUCAUUUAACUAAUGCUGUGGAAAAUGUCCAACAGUUUAGUGCUGAAGAUAAUCGCCUCAUCCAUAAACAUCUCAAAACAGGCCGGAGUUAUAGUGCGGGAUGUGAUGAAGACCGGCGACCUCGCGGUCGUCGAUAAGGGGAUCAACGAUUUGCAGACAGAGGCCGAUAGGAGGGCCCAGAACUGUAUCAUCACAUCGCUGUCCAAACAGUUUCCGAAGAUAUCGAUUAUCGGCGAAGAGACUUUGGAUCCGAACGAUAAGAUCGAGGAUCACUGGAUGGUCACCACGUAUGACGAGUCGGUGUUUAAGCAUAAGUGUCCCGAAGAAUGGCUUAAUGUCACCGACGAAGACAUUGUCGUAUGGGUCGACCCAUUAGACGGCACUUCCGAAUACACUCAGGGACUCCUCGAUCACGUGACUGUACUCAUAGGCCUGUCGGUGAAGGGUCGGGCGAUCGGUGGUAUCAUUCAUCAGCCAUUCUAUAACUAUGAGAACGAGACGGAUUACUCGAAAUUGGGUCGAACCAUAUGGGGACUGGUAGGGUUGGGCGCGUUCGGGUUUACGCACAAACAGCCCCCGGUGGGCAAAGUGAUAGUCACCACCACCCGAUCCCAUAGCAGUGCCACCAUAAACGCCGCCAUCGACGCCAUCAAACCGGACGAAGUGCUGCGAGUGGGCGGCGCCGGACACAAAGUGCUCCUGGUGAUCGAGGGCAAGGCGCACGCCUACGUGUUCCCCUCCCGGGGCUGCAAGAAGUGGGACACCUGCGCGCCGGAGGGUGUGCUCCAGAGUUUGGGCGGCCGGUUGACGGACGUGUUCGGGGCGGACCUACUCUACGAUAAGGACGUGAACCACACGAACGAGUUGGGAGUGUUGGCCACUCACGAUGCCCUCACCGCUCACCCAUUCUUCUUAAGCAAGUUUACCGAUGAUGUGAAGGCAUCCCUUCUGUCGCAACAGCAACGGGUCUAACGUUUGGUCCAAAUUAUAGCUUAAGAAUUGAAUUGAAUUUUGUUUUUGUUUUGCAAUCGAUAUAUAGAUUUGAUUUCUUAAUUGAUACGAAAUUAUUGGCAAAUUUGUAUUUUAAUUAUUAUUUUUCUCAAUGUUUUUAUGAUAAUUGCCGUG